CUCAAAACCCUAAGCAAUUUCUCUCUCUCUUGCUAAUCUUUGAUCGAACAUCAAAAUCUCUGCUUCAAUGGCGUCAAACCCUAAGGUUUUCUUCGACAUGGAGAUCGGCAACCAGCCCGCUGGCCGGAUCGUGAUGGAGCUCUACGCCGACACCACUCCCCGCACGGCCGAGAACUUCCGUGCCCUCUGCACCGGUGAGAAGGGAACCGGCCGCUCCGGCAAGCCCCUCCACUACAAGAAAUCAUCCUUCCACCGGGUGAUCCCCGGGUUCAUGUGCCAGGGCGGAGACUUCACCGCCGGGAACGGCACUGGCGGCGAGUCCAUCUAUGGCGCCAAGUUCGCCGAUGAGAACUUCAUCAGGAAGCACACCGGCCCCGGCAUCCUCUCCAUGGCCAAUGCCGGCCCCGGCACAAACGGAUCUCAGUUCUUCAUCUGUACCGCCAAGACCGAGUGGCUCGACGGCAAGCACGUAGUGUUCGGACAGGUCGUGGAGGGCCUGGACAUCGUGAAGGCGAUCGAGAAGGUCGGAUCCAGCUCCGGCAGGACCGCCAAGACCGUUGUCGUCGCCGACUGUGGUCAACUCUCUUAGAUCUGAUUUAACUCUUUAUCUAAUAAUACUACUAUGUUUUUCAUCUACUUGGGAGUGUCGUUUAACUCUUUUUUUAACGUCGUUUAGCCUUAUGUGGUUGUCGGUAUGGUCAUGGUGCUCUUUCUUUUUUAAGAGUCUUAUGGGACUUGGGGACUUUCGUUACCCUUAGAUCUGGUGGUUCUGAGACUUUUUAUUGUGUGAUAAAAUGAACUACCACCAUUAAAUAAUAUGCUGCUCUUCGUUUUCCUCA